AUGGAAAGCCCUAUUCAACUUCUAGUUAAUAGGGCCCAUGAGAUGAAAGAAUUAGCCACAGCAUAUCGUAGUAUGGGUACUACUGGACCUCUCAAUGAUGUUCCAGACGUUUUGGAGAUAGCUUCAUCAUUGAUCAUGUCCGUUAUAUCUAAUGCAAAUACGAAUAAGCUUGAGCUUCAAGGUAAUGCUGCACUUCAAGAAAUAGAUGACAUUUUAAAUGUCAAAGAGCGACAAUUUAUUACAAAAAUGGAAAAUUUGAUAAAUUCAUCCGGCCAAAAGGUUACAGAUGUUGCAGGAGUGUUAGAACGUGUACAACAGAAAUAUCAUGAGACUAUCGAGAAAUUAACUAAAAUAUACGAAGGAAUUGUUCAAAAAGAAAAAGAUAAAUUGGAAGCAAAGAUAGCUGAUCAAGAACAGCUCUGGGAAAUAGAAAAGAAGAAUCUUACAGAAGAAGAAAAUAAGCUUUAUAGAGAUUUAGAACAAAUAUCUUCAAAAGUUCUUGGAGAAAUUUCCCAAAAAUACAAUGAAAAGAUAAAUGAUAUUGACCAAAAGAUCAAAGAGCAAGAAUUGAUGCUCCAAGGUUCUGUACAUCAACGCCAUCAGCAAAAUCAGAUUAAAUCUGACUUAUUGGCUGAAGAAGAACGUCGUAUGGCUGCAGAACAUGAAAAGAUAUCAAGAGAUUAUCAACAGAGACAUAACAAAGCCGUUGAAGAAGCAACAAAAUUAGAAGCUCAAAUACAAGAGUUAAAAAUGACAAUAGAAAGCGAAAGUGCAAACUCCCAAUCAAGAAUACAACGUAUGGAAGAAUCCAUGAAAGCAGAUUUCCAACGAAGACAAGAUGAUCUUCAAAUUCUCUUGACACAGUACUCUGAGCACCUUAAAUUCCUCGAAGCCGAAGACAGUAGUAUCCAGCAAAGCCAUGAAUACGAGAAAACUACCUUAGAAACCCGUUUAGCCAGAUUACAAGAAGAAUACGAGGAAAAAAUUGGAAAAGAACAACGUUCACAAGAUGAAGCUGUCGCAGUUAUUCGUCAGAACCUCGAAAGCCAGUACAAAGUCAUUUUCGAUUCAAUUGCAGACGAAAUGAACGAAGAAGACGUAAAACGCGGCAAGCAACUUGACGAAUACCAGCAACAGAAACUCCAGCGUGUCAAGCAAGCAGAAAAAGAACUCCGAGAACUAGGAAAAGCGAAUGAGCGAGAAAAAGUGAAAAUGCAAAAAGUCGUGGCCGAUGCAAAAGAGAGGCUAAAAGCGGUCAAAGAGCAGCGUAACAUUGAUAUUUCGGAGCUUAAACAAGCGAGACAGUCCCAGCUUGGUGCUCAUAUGCAGGAACUUGAUGAUAUACAGCAUAAACAAGCUCUUGAAUUAAAUCGGAUUUUCAAAGCUUUCGACGAACAGCAGAAACGACUCGGCGAAGUUCAAAGAAAGUCCGUUGGCAUGAAGAAUAAGCAGAAAAUGGAGACAGUUGCCGCAAUGCGAAAAGAACAUGAAAGAAGAAAACAGGCUAUCAUUGAAGAGAUCGACCAACAGAGGGAAGACGAAACACAAGAGGAAGUACAGAAGAGAAUUGACGAGAUGAAGAAGUCAGGACCAGUGACUAUGGAGAGUUUGGAUAAAAGACAAGGAGAUUUGAAGACAAGAAUGGAUAAAAUAAUGAAUAAAAUAGAUAGCCUCAUUGAGAAAGGUGAAGAAAAGAAUAGUUCGUCCUCCUCUGCCGUUCAAAUGCCUCUCCAAACUUCUAAUUCCCAAAAUAAAUUAAUUAAAAAUGAGAAAAAGCAGGAAUCUCCUGCAAGAAGCUCUCAGAAGAUUCUGCCAUUGAACCCUUUGGUCAAACAAGAGGAUUCUGAAGAGGAAAUCUCCAAAUUAGCUCAAAUUUCCCAAAGAUCUGAUGUAGUACAGAACGAAGACGUUAAUAAUGAGCUCAGAAGGUCAAUCCAAGAUGCUAAUAGGCGUAGAAACAGCGUUCUUGAAGAAAGCAAGUCUUUAAGAAAAGAUAUUUCGGAUCUUUCGAGUAAUUUCGAAAAUAAGUUCUUGCAAAUUGAACAUCAGUUCCAUGCAACCAAGUCUUCAUUAACACAGAAGAAAGAACUCCUUAUAAACCAAGAAAAUUAUAUUUCCAAUAAUGUUAUGAACCAAGAAAAGAAGCUAGAUGAACUGGAUAAGAGGAUCAACCUCAAGAACCAAAUUGUCGAAGAAAUGGAGCAAGUUUUCGAGAAAGACAAAGAAGAAUUUACAGAAAAAAUAAAGAAAGAGCAAGAAGCCAAAUUGGAAGCAGCCAGAGGUACAGGUGAAGAAGCAGAACUGAUGAUGUACGAGGUCAGAAUGGAUUUCCAGUCAAGAAUGGCCGCAAUCAAUGAAAAACUCGCAAACGCUAAAUUGGCCACAGAAAAAAUAACCGCUUAUAUGUUGAAAUCUCGUGCACAAGCCAUUGAAGAAGCACAGACGGAACUGACAGUCGGAUAUGAUGAAAAAGUGAAGUUUAUGAACGAACAACAUAAACUGAAGCUCCAGCAAUACGACAACGACGUGAACAACAAGAAGAAAGAGUUCGAAGAUGAAGUUUCGAAGACGAAAGAAGAAACAGACGAAAAAUCCGUUGAAGCAGAAAAAACAUAUUUAGAAAGGAAAUCGGAACUGGAAGAAGAGAGACAGAACUUAAUGAACGAAUUGGAUGAGUUGGAGAAGAAGUUAAAUGAACUGUUGAACACGGAAUGCAAAGACUGCGUGAGAAAGAAAGGAAUUUUGGCUGCUUUGCUCCAGAAAAAGAAAGGUUUGGAAACAAAAAUUGAAGAUUUACACGAAGUUUCAACAAAAUUGGAGUAUAAAAUGAACGCAAUCUUCGGAAAUGAAAGGAAACCACUUAAGGUAAUGAGUCCUAGACUAUUAGUGCCUCGUGCUAAGACUGCUCAAGCACAAGCACCCCCAAGAAGAAUCUAA